UUGUGAAUGCAGCUGGACGAUUUUUGUUAGUUGGUGUGCCUAAUUUGGUAUUUUGUAUGAUGUCGUUUUCCCGCAAUGUUUUUGUAUUUUCUCAUUCAAUACUCCGUCCAACUGGUGGCGGUAAUGCUCCAUUAACAUUGGAUGCCAACAGCAGUUAAAUCCCAUUGAAGAAGAACCAUUUUUGUUCAUGUGUUAAGGUAAGGAGAUUAAGCUGUCACCAUGACUCGAGAUAUAGUGAUUGGAGAUGAACUACCUGACUGGGUGGGAGCCAAGGAGUUCUACCAGAAAUAUGACCCGAAAGAGGUGAUUGGCAGAGGUGUGAGUAGUGUGGUGCGCAGAUGUGUGCACAAGCAUACAGGGCAGGAGUUGGCAGUGAAGAUUAUAGAGAUCACAGCUGAGAAGAUGACCGCACAGCAGCUGGAAGAGGUGAAGAGCUCCACACUGAAGGAGAUCCAGGUUCUCAACAUGGUCAAAGGACACUCCUCUAUCAUCACUCUCAUUGAUUCCUAUGAGUCAACAACCUUCAUAUUUUUGGUAUUUGACCUCAUGAGGAGUGGAGAGCUUUUCGACUACCUGACAGAGAAGGUCACUCUCAGUGAGAAGGAAACUAGGUGUAUGAUGCGAUGUCUCCUGGAAGCUGUCCAGUACCUCCAUUCCCUCAACAUAGUUCACCGGGACCUGAAACCUGAAAACAUUCUGCUGGAUGACCAGGGACACAUCAAACUCUCUGACUUUGGCUUCUCUGUCCAGCUUCAGCCAGGAAAGAAUUUGAGAGAGCUUUGUGGGACACCAGGUUAUUUGGCACCUGAAAUCCUGAAAUGCUCCAUGGAUGAGACGCAUCAGGGAUAUGGGAAGGAAGUUGACCUCUGGGCGUGUGGGGUGAUUCUGUUCACCUUGCUGGCUGGCUCUCCACCCUUCUGGCACCGCAAACAGCUGCUGAUGCUCAGAAUGAUCAUGGAGGGCCGUUACCAGUUCAGCUCCCCAGAGUGGGAUGACCGGUCUGACACCGUCAAAGAUCUGAUUACCAGGUUGCUGGUGGUGGACCCAAUUGUCCGUCUCAACGCUGAACAAGCCUUGGCUCAUUCCUUCUUUAGGCAGUACCAAAGGGACGAGGUGCGUCACUUCAGUCCCCGGAAGACAUUCAGGGUACUGAUCCUGAGUGUGCUAGCCUGUAUCCGCAUGUACUGUCGCUACCGCAGAGCCAGGCCACUGACGCGGGAGGUCCUGGCCAGAGACCCCUACUCCUUGAAGGGAGUGCGCAAACUAAUCGACGGCUGCGCCUUCAGGAUCUAUGGACACUGGGUUAAGAAAGGGGAGCAGCAAAACAGGGCUGCCCUCUUCCAGAAUACGGCUAAAAUAAUGCUUCUUGGUUUAGAGGACUUUGAAACUUAAAAGUUCAUACUUGUUCUAGUAACCGCAUUAGCUUUAUGUAGUUUAACAGGUUUGACAUUUUGGUGUGCAUAUUUUUUCUUUGUGAAUGCUAGGUCUCGUUACAUAGGAUGAGGAAUUCAUGGUCCAGUGACAUGUUCGCCUUAAUGCGAAUAAUGGCUCAUUAUUAUUUAUGGUUAAGUGGAAUUUGAGAUCGUUGUGGAUCCAGAGAUGAGAAUUUUUUGUUAAUUUUAGCACUCCAAGAGAGUGCUUUUUGAGACUACUCAAAUCAGCUGGCAAUGGUUUUAGGAAGCAAAAGUGACAAAGCCACUUCAAUGCACUAUAUUGUACACAUAGGGCAAAAAAGGUGAACAUAUAUCCAUACCGAUGGUGCAGUUAAUGCUUGAAAAAGUAUUUUUAUUUUAUUGCUAUGACAUCCUCUAUUGAGUUGACAUAACAUUAUUUUUGUCAUUGUUUACUUCUAUUUGCUACCUAAACCUGUAUUUUAGCAAUCAUAUAUUCUUACUGAAUCUAAAAUAACAUAGCGGAAAGUUUGUGAUUGCAGAAGAAUUGACACUUUAGAAGAAACAUUAAACAUUCCAAAUAUA